AUGCCGACCUUCAGCAAGGCGAAAGCAGCCACUCGGCAAAUGUCCCCAAACAUGGACAAUGUCAUCUACUCUGAUGCGAAGCUCAAGAGAGCGCAGCUGAAUGACACUGGAUUCUACUACUGUGUGAGAGUGGAUUAUUUAAAGAUGGACUAUAUUAACAUCACGUUCCUGGGCGUCAACGGACAGCAGAAGUGUGUCUACAACCUCUCUGGAGAAGUGUCCUGGUCUGACAGAGACACUCUCUACUGCGCAGUGGUCUCAUGUGGACACAUUUUACUUGGAAAUGCAUCCAAGCACAACACCAACCAGAGUCAUUGUGAUGCGACUGUUCAGUUUGUGCUGGCUGGAGCUCUCACUGUGACCCUGGGAAUAACUGCUGCCCUGAUCUUCAUCAUCUGGAAACAGAGGCGUGAGCUCAAAGCUGCUGGUUCCUUCCAAGCAACAGCACUGGGUGACCAACAUCGGCAGCAGGGAAACGAAAGGGAUUUGGUUUAUGCCAAGCCGACCUUCACCAAGGCGAAAGCAGGCAGUCGGCAAAUGUCCCCAAAUGUGGAGAACGUCAUCUACUCUGAUGCGAAGGUGGACAAAUAUAGAAACAGAGUGCGACUCUAG